CCGACCGACUAAUUGAUUAAUUUCUUACUAUUAAAUCUUGCAUUAAAGCUUAAUUGGUAACUUGCUUUAGGCAUAAAUACAAGUCUGUGAUAAUAAGAAGACAACAGCAAUGCUUCGAUAUCAGAACAUUGUCGUUGGACUUGUUUUUAUAUACAUAUCCCAUGCGUUAUCAAUAACCGAAGGACCAUACACUGAUAAAUACAAUGCGCAUUUUUGUAUAUUACUGCGCGGCUGUAGUGCGUACAAUUCGCACAUGAGUGAAACCUGUGGUUAUGACGCAAAGAUCCACGACUUGAAAAUUUUUGACAAUGUAUGUAAGAUGUAUGAAGAAAAUUGUAAGAAGAAAACACGAUAUUUUGAGGCUAAAGUCGAAGCGUGCAAAUCAAAACACGAGUUUUUGACACAAAACGGGAACUCAUCCACAGACUGGGAGCACGGGCACGACGGAUUCAAUAUUCCCUUGCUCAACUUGACGAAGCCCAUCUAUAUACACAACGCACGGGGUAACGACUUCUUUAAACUAGUACCAGGGUUCAUAAAAGCAGCCUACAUAGCUGGUUCCCGCACUACCACGGGUAGUAUGUAUGGUUCCGAAAAUCGUACCAGAACUCGGGGGAAUUACACAUACAUUUUAGAAAAGAUCAUCGGUUUAAAUAUAAAGAAAUUUACGUAGACAACAUUCGAA